AGUCAGUCGAGAGUCACAAGAUUCGUCAAAAUACGUCUAAAGCACGGGUCUGGUGUUAGAUUAACCAAAUAUAUGCAGCUGCACGCCUGUUUAUAUCUUAAAUAGUCUAUUCUUUGACCAUUGUGUUUAUUUAAUUGUGUUUUAUUAAAUUAUCGAAAUGGGUUCAUUGCUAUUAGCUAACGUAUAACACGUUUGUGAAUGGAGCCUGGAUUCAAAGUACAAAAACAACUUGUGAAUGAUGCAGUCUGUAUAUUGGACAAGCAGAGUGCUAUCACGUGCUAUAAGGAAUGGUCUUUCGAGUUUUUCGAGUGUUACUGAAUUAAACGUUUCUAAAAAGAAACAUCCAUAUUUAGUAUCAGUAGUAUGUGGAUUUCCUAAAGACAUAGCUAAAGGAAGGUCUCAUAAGGGUCAAUUCGGAGACGACGCAUGGUUUACCAGUAACUUCAACAAUGCAGAUGUUAUUGGAGUUGCUGAUGGAGUGGGAGGCUGGCGUGCAUAUGGAAUUGAUCCCGGAGAGUUCUCAUCAUAUCUUAUGAGGACCUGUGAGAGACUGGUCAGAAUGGGCCACUUCAAAAUGUCAGAGCCAGGGGACCUCUUGGCCAAGUCGUACUAUGAGCUUCUAGAACACAAGAAACCUAUAUUAGGUAGCAGCACUGCCUGUGUGAUGAUCUUAGACCGCAAUGAAAGUAUAAUGCGUGCGGCAAACAUUGGUGAUAGUGGCUUCAUGGUGGUCCGUGCUGGUCGUGUAGUGCAUCGGUCACAUGAGCAGCAGCACUACUUUAAUACACCUUACCAGUUAAGCUUACCACCUCCUGGACAUGACAGGAAUGUGCUAAGCGAUAGGCCGGAGUCAGCGGAGACCGCCGAGUUCAAGGUGGAGUGCGGCGACGUGAUCCUCGUGGCUACGGACGGCGUGUUCGACAACGUGCCCGAGCCGGUACUCGCGGCGGAAAUGCGGCGCGCUCAAGCUCUGGGCGGCGAUGCGAAACGGUUACAGGCCGUCGCUAACUCUAUCGCCUGGAUGGCUCGCAACCUCUCCUUCGACGGCUGCUACAUGUCGCCCUUCGCGAAGAGCGCCCGGCAGAACGGUAUCGACGCCAUAGGUGGUAAACCUGACGACAUAACAGUGCUACUCGCUAUCGUAGCAGUAUGAAGAUGUUUAUAUGUGAUUUAUUAGGUUAUUUGAAAAAGUAAGCUGAAAAUAAUUUGAGAAAUUAAUUUAAACAACGACAC